AUCUCCAGAAGGGGCAAAAGGGGGCAGAAACCGCGGUACGCGCAAUGGAGACAAGCUGAAUGUCUGUGCAAUCCCUUGUUCAAGAUCAAUUGGCAUUUACAUGUAUGGGCAAUCACUAAUUUUAGGGAAGUCUUUCUCUUAGAGAGAUGAUCAAAAAACAUCUACAAGACUGAAGGAUUGGAGCAUUGCAGCAUGGCACGUAAAUUUACCAUAUUUUUACUCUGUGCAACAUAUUUACUCAGUGGAGCUGAGAGCGUAGCUGAGAUGUGCCGGGGGACGCGGUGCUUCUCUGGCCAGGACUGGAGCAGACCGUGCGUCGGAGCGCACUGCCAGGGGCGCACAGAGCCAGCUGCGUCCCGACGACAGUUUCAUCACUCUGCACAAUCAAGACAAGGGCAAGUCUACCCGAGUUACCAACAGGAUGCUCAUUUCACUCAUCACCAAGCCCAGAGCGCGCCGUUAGCACCGUACACCAACUUCCAACCUCAACAGGAGGCUUUGCGCAACCAGCGGCAACGGAUGGCACCAGAAGGACGAACCCGAGAACCAUCACGGCGGAGGUGUUCCAUCCUGGCUGCGCCGGUGGGACCUGUCCGACCACUGUCUCUCAACGCACGACUAGUGAUGACAGUGGAACACGGGAGUGUAAAGGGAUUGGAUGUAAACUUCCCCUCCGGAUGCGCCAAAAGCCCAAGCCUUGCGUCGGAGACGGCUGCGGUCCGCAUGGAGGAGACGAUGGGAGAGGACACUCGCCGGUUCAUGUGACAGACAGAGCAGCGCAAUUUCUGGAUGAGCUUCCAGACUUUGGGUCGGAACGUGGUGCAUGGAUACAGCUGACAUGUGACAUGAAACCAGGGACCAAUGAGCUUCCAUCAGAGACGCUCUGGUGCUGCAGCUGCAGCUGUCUAAGAGCCAGGAGAAGCUGGUUGAGGCCCUCAGGGGCCAGCAGGAUGAGGUCAGGGUGCUGCAGAGGCUUCUCAGUGAGCAACAGGGGACGCUGGUCAACCAGCAGAGAGAAAUACUGGAGCAGCAGAGGAGAAUGCAUGACCAGAUGGAGCAAGUUAAAGUCCAGUAUAACAUAAUGAUGGACAGCAUCAAACACACAUCUUUCCAAAACCUCCAGGGAGAGCUGGACAGUCACAUGGAAACCAUGAGUGGGCAGGUUAGAGCCCACCAAGCACAGCAGGCUCUCUCUCUGCACAAGGUGGACAUGGAGGCCAGCGUGAUGGAGGUGGGUCGCUCCGUGUUGGCCUGUGGGAACUGCGGUUCUGAUGAAUACUGUGGCUUCAGCAGUGGUUCUCCUCGCUGUGAGAAAUGUACCAUCUGUCCUGCUGGCUUCUUCCUGGUUGCACAGUGUUCAGUCCAUGCAGACAGAAUCUGCCAGGACAGAGAUGAAUGCCUUGAGAUAGCUGAUCUGUGUGGGGAUCGACAGAAGUGUCUCAAUACUCCAGGUGGAUUCAGGUGCCAGGGCAUGACAGAGCGAGAAGCCAGCUCAGGAAUGUGCGGCCACGCCUACUUCUACAACUCGGACAUGGAUGAGUGUCAGGCCUGUAAUGAGUGUGAUGGAGAGCCCGUGACUUCACCUUGUACCUUCACCACAGACACCAUCUGCUCUGGCCCUGCUGCUGCUGCUGGCUACAGCGCCCUUUCUCUGUCCUGGAAUGGAGAUGUGAGGCUACCUGGCGCAAAAGGCCACGUCCUGGCUCACGCCUUCCCUAGCGUGCAGCUUCAGAUCCAGGGAAGAGGUGACGCAGGACUGCUGUCGGCUGAGGAUGGGCGCCUGGUGCUUAGGCAGCAUGGUCUCGUCUGGCUGGAUGAGAAUCUUUCUGUGAGCCACGGCUGUCGAAGCUUCAUCCAGUUGUGUCUGCGUAUGAACAACACAGAUGGCUCUGAGGGUCGCGACCUUAGUGGCUUUAGGGUUGAGCAGCGUGAGGGAAGGUCGCUGCAGAGCGUCAGCAUCAGCGGAGUAGCAGAGGUCGCCCCGGGUCAGAUGAUCUCCCUCUUCCUCCGGAGCGCCAGCCACCACUGUAACCAAAGCAACGAAGGUCUGCAGCUGUACGACCCUUCAGCAGCUCCGCUCAGUCUCCUCUGGCUCUCACAUGACACCGGGGCUGUUGCCAUGACAGCACAGGCCAUGGUGUCCGCACACUACCAUACAAACUAUCGGCCGGUGUUCCGCACCACCUCCACCUCUGACCCUUACGUGGUCGGGCUGACUCACGAUGGCCGUGGGAUCCGUUUUGCAGAAAGUGGCACCGUGCGCUUUGUAUUUCAGCAGGCGCUGUACUCCAUGGGCCAGGCGUGUGUGAGUGAGGGCUUCCAACUGUUGGCGUACCUUAACCGUAAUGGAACCGGCAUGGAGCUGUGCCGUACCUUCAAACCAGGCGUCCACUAUCGAGACACAUCCUUAUCUCUGUCUGGAGUGGCUAAAGUAGACUCUGGGGACACACUGGGCUUUGAGAUCCUCUCUCCUGCUCAGUGCAACGUGCGUUUCUUCGGCGACGAGACAGGCAUCAGUAUUCUCAGCUUGGUUUGGGUCCCUGCUGCUCUGUCUUCCUCUCUUUCUGCCUCCGUGUCUCACAUCGGCCUACCCUUAGGAGCAGUUCGAAACAAGCCGCUGUUCUUCCGCCAGACAAGCGCUCAGGUCACCCAAUUGGGGCUGCUGGGGAAGGGAUCCACAGAUCAGAGACAAGAUUUUGUGUUUAGGGAGAGGGGCACAGCCAGUGUGGCUCUGGAUCUCAAACUCAUUCACUCCUGCAACUUGGUCAAGGUGACUCUUCUAAGGCGAAGUGAUCCAGAAGGGUCAGUUGGAGGACGGGAGGCAGAGGGAGCGCGACCCGUCCCUCUGGCCCAGCAGGUGGGUGGUCAGAUGCCCGAGGGAAGCCAUUGGGCCAGUGUUAGCCUGCGGGCAUCCUUCCAGGUUAGUAACGGCACGGCAGUGUUCUUCACACUGGAUUGUGUACGUGGGCGAGUCAAUCAAAUCAGCUACCUAACAGGAAGUGGAGUGUCAAUCCUAUGGGUGGCAGCAUAACAUAAGACAGACAAAACAUGUUGUUUUUACAUGGUUUCCAGCUCAGUAGACCAGAUAUUAAGGCAUUUAUAUGAUGAUCUAGUUUUAUUGGUUUGAUUUUACAGGAAUAGUUAGACAUUUUGGGAAAGAUGCUCAUUUUGUUUCUUGUUGCAAGUUAAUUUAAUUUAAGUCAAAUUUGGCAUGUAUUUCAUACGCAUGAUCUUUUCCUAAAUCUAUCCAAGUAGUUUUGUUUCCCAAACCUAAAUGGUUUCCGUGGUGCCUGGCAUGUAAUUGUAAUA